CAGAAGCAAGCCUCUCCUCUUGUUGUUUGCCGAUGGCCGGCUAUGAAUCUGUGGCAGAGCCUCUGAACGACGAGAGCUUGGCGGUAGCGAGAGAUGCUUCGGUUUGGAAGAGGAGACAUGCUCUCCUCCUCGUGUUCACCACCCUUUGUGCGGCCGCGCUUCUUUUGCUAACGCACGGGUUCUCCGAAGUGGAUUCGAUCCCAGACAUGCAGAGACUGAUUGCACUCUCCAGGGAGGUGGAUCCCGACCUUCUGAACGUGGCAAACCAGCCCUUCGAGACCUUCGCCAAUCGGAGCCUCCAAGGAGGCCGCCUGCCUGAGGCCUAUGAUGUCGAGGCCAAUUUGGGCAUUGCGGUUUGUGUGGUUGAUGCCGGACAGGCCCUGUUUCAACUGGCACAAGGGCUCAUGGCCUUCAAUGCCGCGAGCACCGCCUGCCCUGAUGAUGAGAGCGAAGAUGCCAAAAAGGCCUGUGCCGCGGCCAUUACAUAUGGUCUAGCAGGGGUGAUGUGGAGCGUGUCUUUCACCUCCUUGGCGGUCUCGGACUGCGCUGGCUCGUUGAACCUGCAGGGAGCCUGCUCGGCGGACCUGACCUCUUUGAUGGGAAGUUUCACCUAUUUGGCUUCAUCCAUUAGCCUGAUGACCCUGAACUGCCCCUCAGGGGGCGCAACAGAUCCAAAAGCCAUCGUCGCGGAAAAUUCUGGGAUUCCAGGACGACGCUUAGGCAACCUGCCUCCGGUGGUGGAGAAGAUUCAGACCUUGGAGGCCAACAAGGCUGCUCAAGCCGCAGCCAAAGCGACCUGCGUUUUUGAUGUGGGACACGCUGCCUUUUGGCUAGCUCGCGUGGGCACCAGCAUCACGCAGGCAACGCUCCAUUGCACUCCGGAGAACGUGGCCAAGGGGGAAGCUGGGAAGGUGGCCUGCGCGGUGGACGUGAGUGGCAUUGUGGGUGCUGCGACCUUCGCUGCAACUGCCAUCAUCUACGCGGUGGUCGGCUGCCCUGCACUGGUGAACAAGGACAACAGCGACCUGAUUUGCGCAGCUGCUAUCAUCGACACAGUGGGGUUGGCCGCAUACUUUGCACAAGGCUUCUCCAGCAUUUCUUCCACCUGCGGGGCCCUGCACACAUGAAAGCUCGGAGCCCUGCAUCCAUGGGGCCAGUGAGGUGGGCAAGAAGACGGAGACCUUCAGUUUGAUGCAGCCGGAAAUUCAAGGAUCAGUGUUCCAAAGAGGCUCUGAUUGUAGUGAGUUCAGAGAUGGCUCUUGUGCCCCAAUGGUUCCACUUCUGGUCUCACUGGGGUGGAGGGGGCCAUCUUUCACUGUAGAGGGCUGGGAGCCGCCGGGCAGGUGGCUUCCACCUGUCCAAAGAGCGUUCAAAGCGACGUUCGACCAAAAGAGGGCACUGUUCGAGUCGACUGCGCAGCGGG